AUGAGCAGAAUCACAGUUGAGGAGGUCCAGCAUGUGUCUAUGGAGGGCAGAGGAGACGUCACACUGGAAGCACAGCUGCAGACAGAGCGAGAGGCUCUGGACAGGAAGGAGAAAGAGAUCGUGAAUCUGGAGGAGCAGCUGGAGCAGUUUCGUGAGGAUCUGGAGAACAAGAGCGAGGAGGUGCAUCAGCUCCACAUGCAGCUGGAGAUCCAGAGGAAGGAGAUCAGCAGCCAUCAGCAGGAUCUGCAGGCUCAGGCCCGGCUCGCUCAGGUCUUGGAGGAGAAGGACAGGCAGAUAGCCGUCUUUAACAAGCAGCUCGCUAAGCGUCAGCGCACGGGAACAGACCCUAAGACAGAGGUAAAGUGGUAUACAUAUGUGUGGACACACGGCGGCU